CAUUUUUAAUUUGUGGAGCUGUGCAAGUUUUCUACCUAAGUGACGAGAAAUGCCAGCGUCAUCUACUUGUUAAGCCGGGAUACGCUGGUCGCCAAACCAAGCGAACCCAGCCAGAGAGCCACGCCAGUUCUGUUAGCACAACAUUCGCUUACUUAGCCAUUAGCCUGCCAUUGUUGUUUAUGUUAAAAUGUGGCAGCUACAGCAAGCGAGCGUUAAAACGUAACGCUGCCCGACCACUUCUACAACUGGAGGGUCACAUCCGUAGCCCAGCAUGUGCUCCGUCGUUGGUUGUGAUUCGUGGCGACACAAUGUGCAGCGGUUCAGGCUACCAGAGGACCCGGAGAGGAGACUGGAGUGGGUCCUGUUUCUGUUCGAAGUCAACAAGCAGCGACUAAAAGAAUCGUCCUGGACUGAUAUCACUAUUUGCAGUGAACACUUCACAGAUGACUGCUUCGUGAGCUUGGCUCUGAGUGGCUCGGUGCAGCUGAAGCCCGGUGCUGUCCCCUCACUGUGGGUCAACACAGAGCCAGAGGAACCCGUGGAGAGCCCACAGGAUGAGGAACCUGUUACCACCACAGAUGCAGAUAGUCAGUGUGAUGACCUAGAAUUAUGUAAGAGCUCUACUUGUUCCCCUGAAAUAACAGAAUGCCCCUUGAGAGAUGCUCUCACUCCUGAAACUCCAGACACAGAUUCGAACCAGGAAUUGCCUGCACUUCAGAACGACAAAUACAUGGUGAAUGAAAAUUGCCUCCUGAAGGUGUUUGGCCAAAAGUGCCCAACAUGUGGAGACAAACUCCAGGCAGUGAAAGUAACCUAUGGGGAGCUCAUCAUCUUGAAACAACGAUGCCAUAAGUGCGACUACAAAAACAAGCGGAAUGGUCAGGUCAGUGCCCCUCUCCCUGCCGCUGAAGAUGGACGCCCGACAAGAGGCACAGAGGGAACCCCAGAGACCCAGCUGUCAGCGCUAAGAGACGACAACGCCGGCGCUGCGGCUUUGUCUGAGGCCGUCACUUUUAGCGAUGAAAAAAGCGAUCCUUCAGACGACGAAGAGGAAGGCAAUAGAGGUGGGAUGAGUUCAGAUGGGGACUGGAAUCCCACGGAGGAACUUUUGGUGGCUGACGAGCUCACAAAGGAGUCUGAGGAGGAAACCGAGGAUGAAGGCGAAGAGGAAGAUUUUGAAUCCCCGGGUGGCCUCGAAAUUAAUGAGCUGUGCACAGAGUGCGGACGUUUUUUCCUCAUCCUGAAGCCUCACACAUGUGAGCACAAAAUAAAACCCUACUCCUGCAAUAUCUGCGGGAAAAGGUGCGUUUCUGAGAUUGCUCUAAGAAAUCAUAGCGAAAUCCACGACGAAACGUACGAGCAUCCUUGCAAGUAUUGCUAUGUCACCUUCAAAACCAGGGCGGACAAAUUUAGGCACGAGCUGACCCACCAGGAUAAAAAAGAUCCCUUUAAAUGUCCCGACUGUCCAAAGACAUUCGCCACCAGUAAAGAACGCCGGAGCCACCUGGCAAAGCACAGAGUCUCGAGGGAGUUCAAAUGUGGAGUCUGUGGGAUUGAAUUCAAGGACAUACAUCAUCUCAGGAGGCACUCCGUUGUGCACACAGGACUGAAACCGUACAAGUGUUCGGUGUGCCAGCGUGGCUUCAACCAGACGAGCCACCUGAAGUCCCACAUGCGUCUGCACACCGGGGAGCGGCCGUACAAGUGUCAGCUCUGUGACAUGUGCUUCAACCACAACGUGAGCUUGAAAAGUCACGUCCAGCGUUACCACACGUCCAGCUCUGGACUUCAGCAGAUGGAUAAAAGGGCAAAUGAUGCUAAGAGGAACAAGAAAAAGAGAGACGUGAACUCUGAGUUUGACAGUGUGAAAGUAAAACAGAAGGUUCAGAGGGAGAGAUCAAUGAAGCCGAAAAGUAAAAGGAGAAGCACAGACAGGCCCAGAGGAAGGCCGAGGAGAAGAGCAGCGGGGGAAAUUAAAGGCCUGCGUUCAAAGGCAAAAACGCCAAAAUCAAAGGUGCAGAAGUUAAAGAAAACAGGCUCCGGUGAUGAGGGGAGCGAGGACAAGCAGUCUGGUAGUGAUUUAUCCUUUGACUCGACAGAAGAGGAGGAAGAAGAAGAAGAGGAGGAGGAGGAGACAUUGGGAAGGCGACCAAACGGUGACAGUGACUCUGAUUUUGACCCAGAAGUAGAAGCAAAGAAGAAGAGGUGCAGCAGCCAGAAGACUGUUAAGAAACGGAGAGAAAGAUCAAAGAAGGGCCUGGUGGUCUGAAGUCUGUGGUUUUUGUUUUUUUGUUUGUCUUUUUUAAUGAUGUAAAAACAGAAGGAUCACACUACACAGCCACUAUUGAUAUAAUUCAGUACAUGCAUGAAAUCGUUGCUUUAUAGGAAGUUCCACACUGUUGUUUGAUUUUCCGAAGCCUUUUUAUCUUAACAGAUGUGGAGGUGAAUUGCAAACAGAUGGAAGCUGAUCGAACGUUAUGGCACUGCUUGCCUGAAGAAGAGCAAGUCAGUAUUUAUUCAGAAUCAAAAUGACGCUAUUGUAAGAAUGAACUUCCAUUGUUUUUAUUUUUAUCACUACAUACAGUCAGUUUCCAGUCUUAUAUUAGCUCUGCCACAACACGUGGUUUUUAUUUGAUGAGAAAACCUUAUUUUAUUUCAUCUUUAAAUAUGAUAUAAGUUUACAUUUUGAAAAUGUAACAGAAAAUGCAGAAAACUCAAAAGCUUAAUCUGAGAGUCUACAGGCCUCAGUUAGGAUGUUAAAUGUUAAAGUUCAUGAGAGUACGAUUA